UGCCAAUGAGCAGUGAUCAAUUUUUUUUGUUUGUUUUUAAUUGUUUACCUACUAGACUAGAUGAUGAAUUGCCUCCAAAACGCUUUAAAAACUUUCAUUUAUAAUUCUAAGUGUGUGUAUAAUUAAAGAGCUACAGUGACAUAAAAUGAAUUCUAAGCUGCCCCUGAUGUGUUCCGAAGCAGAGAAAGCUCAGUUGUUUGAAGCUAUCGACAACAAUAAUGUAGAAAAAGCUGACGUACUUCUAUCUUCAACUGUGGACGUUAACGUACGGAGUCUCGAAGUGAAGAAUCGUACUGCGCUGCACCUGGCAGCCCACGCGGGGCGCUACGACCUAGUCGCUCUGCUAGUCGACAAACACAAAGCAGACGUCAACAUCGAAGACAGCGAAGGCGACAUCCCCUUGCAGCUAGCCACAGAUCGCCAUCAUAUGAAGAUAGUCAAGUUCCUCCUAAGCAGAAACUCCAAAGGGCGUGAGUACGCGGCGCAUUUCCUAAACACUGACGAAGUAGAGGAAUUCUUCCAAGCGGCCAAAGCGAAUGACAUCCAGAGAGUGACGGAGCUACUCGACAGUGGUGUGGAUGUCAAUUCGGUAGAUUUGUCUGAUCUACACCGAUCCGCGUUGCAUGUUGCAGCUCGGGAAGGUCAUUAUGAUCUAGUGCAACUUCUCCUGGAGCGUGGUGCUGAUAUGCAAUACGAAGACGACACUGAUGAGUGCGCCUACCACAUAGCCCUUAAUAACGACCACGACAAUAUAGGCAGUUUGCUCUUAAAAACAGGGUAUAUUCCCGACCCGCGCGACGACUCCAGUGUAAGCAGUGACACUGAUGAAAGUGUAAGCUUAAGCUUUCUUUUUAACUAAAUACUUUUCAUUAAGAAAUUUAAUAUUUUGAUAGUUAUUUCUUACCUAGAUUUUGUUAAGUUUAAUGUGUCUUGUAAUUUGGUGCUAAAUCUAUUAAGAAUUUAUUGUGCUAAGAGCUCAGCGCUAUUAGCGCUAGUGAAUAAGUUAGUAUAAGCUAGUUAUAGUAUAGGUACUGCAAUAGCUUUUGGUUUACAUCAAAUAGCAUAAGUUUAAUAGUCAUUUUUUUGUUUGUUGGGUAAGUUUUGUUUCCACAAUGUGGGCUGACAUUUGUGCUGGAAAUGUUCCUAAAAUUUUAGAUUUAGAAACAUUACAAAAGAUUCACGAUGAGAUAAAUAACAAAAUCACUACAAAACUCAGAAAGCAAAUUUCAGACAAGCUAGAACGAAAUUUGAUUUUAGUGCCAUGUAAUAAAAGUAAGGGAAAUGCUAUCAAAAAUAGCAUCCACAUCAAUGUGAUAGUUUCUUUAAUGAAUACAGCUGUACAAACAUGUGAUAUUGAAUUUGAUGACGUGCUCCUAAAUAAAAGUUACGCUUUUCGAUGCUUAGCUCUAACACCUGUAGAAUUGACUAAAGAUUUUUACCAAUUGAUUCUGGACUCUAUCUCUGAUAUUAUUGAACCAACGGCUAAGAGAAUACUUAAAAAAUAUAUCAAAACAUCUAAAAAUGCCAAACAUACGUUUUCUCUUCUUAAUACUAUCAUGAUUUGUUUGAUGAAAAGUGAGUUGGAACUCUCAAUUUUUGAAAACUUUGAGCCGCACGAAUGGCGAAAAGAAAUGCUUACACACUCACUGUUUAGUGCUUGGGACGUCGAUUUUAACACAAGAGAAAAUCUAAUAGACAAAAUUAAUAAACUAGAACUAAACAACUACAAUACACAAAGUACAUAUCUCAUAGAAGACAUAUUAGAUAUUGUGCUAUCCAAUAUGAGAACUUGUGAAGUUGACGUUUAUUUUUUUGAUGAUCUUCUUUGUCUGAUAGAGCGCAAUCCUGAAAUUGGACAGAUGCUAUUUAAUAACUUUCCGUUACUUCAAAGUAUAAUAGAAGAAAUUAAAACGGAUGAGCUCUCAGAGUAUGUUAAGCUGUUCGAUGAUACUACUAAUAAUAUUGAUCUUAAAUCCUUUUCUAAGUAUCCUUGGAAUGUACUGUACAUUUUAAUGAGUAAAACACCGAAUGAACUGAAUGACCUAAAACGAUUACUAGAACUCAGUUUAAUGGACAUGAAAAAACAAAUCGAACUUCUUCUAAAACUGAAGCCAAAAGAAUCUUUCCUGAAAUGGAAGUACGACAUAGCAUUUGAAAUAGUAAAGCAAAUAAUUACGAUUCAAUUUCCAUAUUAUAAAAAGUAUCUACAGUUGCAGCGUAACGUUUCCAAGAAUUUACCUCUGUUGUCGCCAUUUACAGUAAGGUGUACGUGUAACAAUUCAGAUUGUUGGUUCCACUCCAGUUCGGAAUGUUGUGACCUAUUGUAUAACUUGAACUGCUCAAUAGCUAGAGUAAUGUUCAAUUGCAGGGAACUUUCAGAUCGCAUUAUUAAUUUAGUGGGCGCAUUGAUCUCAGAAUUGAUGUGCCCAGAAAAGAUUAUUCAACUCAUCAAAGCACUUGAUAUUAUUGAAGACUACGAAAUUAUGAACGAAGAAGAACUAGAAGCACUUUUUUCGCAAUUAAGUUUUACGAAUUUUGAUCUUAAACUUCACGAAUACGUUGUUCAGAAAUAUUUUCCAGGUUCUUAUGAAAAAACAGUAGAUCAACUGCUCGAUGAGAUAGAACAAUUCCUUCCAGGAGUGACGGACGCUGUCGUCGAUGUGUUUGAUAAAGUGCAGUUUUGUUAUAAACAAUCAUCUGCCCUUUUUCCCGAAGAAGGUCCAAUAAAUAGUUGGGAUGAAAAACAAAUCAGGAAGUGGGGUAAACUGGCUAGGUGUCAGGAAAAUACGAAUACAAUUCCCGAUGAAGAAAUACUAGCAGUUAUAAAAGCUGCAGUUAAAAGGACUGUAAAACUUCAACUUCGGCACAUUCAACUCAUUUCUGUGAUUUUGAUGGUAAAAUCUGACAAAGGAAAAGGAAUACUGAGUCAAAUCAAUACUGGAGAAGGUAAGACUCUCAUUAUUGCAGUAUUAGCCGCUUAUAAUGUCUUGAAAGGUCAUACUGUAGAUGUUUACACAAGCUCGCCCUUAUUAGCAGUCCCCCAAUCAAAAGAUUAUGAAAACUUCUAUACUGUUUUAAAUAUAACAAUCACGCAUAACAUUGAAUAUAAUUCCGACUAUGACAAAGAUGUGAUUUAUGGUACGAAUAGAUCAUUUCAACGUGAUGUACUUCUCGAUGAGUUCAGAAAAACGGGAGUAAGAAAAAACCGUAAGUUUGAUAUUGCUAUAGUCGAUGAAGUAGACAACAUGCUAUUAGAUGGCAACAGUUCGAUCCUACAGAUCGUCAGAGACAUGCCUGCGAUGGAUUAUUUAGAAGUUUUGCUUGCAGCUAUUUAUAUACAAGUGAAUGAAGCUGCUCGAUCUUUGAUUGAAAAGGACGGAAAAACAUAUUAUUUGGUACAAGAGACUCCAUUAAAUGACGAUGGGCAUGUAAAACCUAACAUAUCUGUUGAAGAGGUGGAAAUUAAAGAAUCGAAAAGAAAUUUUAUAAUGAAAUGCACUGAAAGUCACUUACGAAAGCUGAUUCGAGACGUUGAACACUGCAAACACAUAGAAGAAGGCUACCCCGAAGUCAAAAUACCAAAUCAUUUAAGAGAAAUAAUUUGCAAAGUGCAGUUGAAGAAAUGGAUAUCAAAUGCAAUAAGUGCAAUGUUUCAAUAUGUAAAAGGCGAAGAUUAUAUUAUAAGAAAUAGCAAAAUUGUAAUUGUGGAUGCAGAUAACACAGGUGCAUUACAGCUUAACUCUCAGUGGUCGGCUGGUUUACAUCAGUUUCUUGAAAUAAAACAUGGAGCCAGAGUUCAACCGGAAAAUUUCACAACUAACUUCAUGUCAAACAUUGGAAUUUUUACUAGGUAUGUUUCAAAACUGUAUGGAUUAACAGGGACUUUAGGAAGUUCAGAAACCAAGUCAUUUUUACAAAAUGUUUACAAUGUGGACUCUGUAGUCAUACCACCUUUCAAAUUGAAACAACAUAAAAACUUAAAACCCAUUCUGAUAAAUAAUAAUGAAAACAGGUACGAAGAAAUAGCUAGGAGCUGCAUCAGAAAACUGAGUUAUGGUCAAGCAGCAUUGAUCAUCAUGAAAUAUAUACGAGAAACUGAAGAACUUAGUGAUGUAUUUCUUAAAAAAUUCAAUUACGACAGUUCGAAAGUAAAACUUGUAAAAACAGAUGACGAUUCUGAAAUUUUAGAGAAACCUUUGAAAUCAGGAGAAGUAAUCAUAACAACAAAUAUUGCUGGUAGAGGCACUGAUGUCAAGCUAGGUAAAGACGUCGAAAAAAAUGGAGGAUUACAUGUAUGCCUUACAUUUUUGCCGUUAAAUUCCAGGGUGGAACAACAAAAUAUAGGCAGAACUUCCAGAAAAGGUAAUAAAGGCACUAGUCAAUUAGUCAUCAAUGAUCCUCAAGGAUUUGAUGACAUGAAGGCUAUAAAGGCUUUGCGAGAUAAAAAAGAAGCAAACAUCAUGUCCCGAGCUUUAGAAACAGUUAAAGAAAUUAAAACCAAAGAUCAAAUUUUUCGUAGUUUCUGUAAACUUUUGGAUAAAAUUGUAGAAUCCGAUGAUGACUUACAAGAAAUAAACCAUACUGCUGCUGAGGAACGCUUUGCAAUUUGGUUGGUAAUGAAUACAGGACAUAAUGGCAUCGAAAAAGAUGUACAUGAACAAUUUGAGACAUUCAAAAAAGAAAUAUUAAAUGAUUAUCAAAACGACUGCUUAAUAAAAAAUCCUUGUAUGCAUAUAAACCUUGGCAAUAAAUAUCUUGCCAAGAAAGAAUACGACAAAGCUAUUCGAGAAUAUGAUCGAGCUAUUAUUUUAGAUCAUAAUUUUUCUGAAUAUGCAUAUUACAAUCGCGCUCGCUCUUAUUUAGCGAAAUACGGAAGCGAUAUGGAAAAACAUGAGCAUUUUAUCAAUGAGGCAAUCAGAGAUCUAGAAAAAACCAGGAAACUUAUAGAUGAAAAAGAAUAUGCCUUGCAUUUGUUACAAACUGCAUCGAAAGGUGAAGUAUUUUCACAACAAGUAAGCCACAAGUUAAAUCUCUACAACCUUAUAAAAAAUACUAUAGAUCUUGCAAUCGGUCCAGAUGUAAAAGCACUCAACGAUCAAACAAAUCGAAUUGAAGAAGAAUUAAAAAAUACUGACUUGGAACCAGAUGUUAAAAGUAAAUUGAAAGAAAGAUUGAAAGAGCUAAAUAUAUACAAAAAAGAAACUGGAACGAUAGUAAGAGCAAAACUUAAAGGUAUUAAUGUAUGUGUAGAUUCCAUCGGAAAAGAUUUCAUACCAAGCUCUGAUUUGGAAUCACAUAAACAGGAGCUGCAAGAAUUGAAAAGGAACGGUUGGUUGGAAGGAUUUACGGUCACUGAAAUUAAGCCCAUUGAUUGGUCUGCUGUGAUAAGUUUACUCUGCAUUGGAUUGGGACAAUUAGUUAUUGGAGCUGCUUUGACCAUAUUUACACUCGGUGCCGGAUCAUCGAUUGGUAUGGGACUUAUAAGUGAAGGAAUCAGUGAUAUCAUAACGUCCAUAAAAGAUGGCAUCAUUAAUCGAAAUUUUGAUUGGGCGACAUGGGCAUUAAUGAAAGUAAUAAGUAUAGCAGUAUCUGUAGUGUGUGCUGGAUUCAAAGCAAUCAAAGAUGUAGCAAAAACGGCUUACGCAGGAGCUAAAAAUGUUGUCACAAGUGGUGUCAGAUGUCUAACAGAAACUACAAAAGAAGGAUGGAAGCUCGUAGCCAAAAAAGUUGGUCUUGAUAUGGCAAAAGGUGUAUCUAAGGAAAUAUUAACCAACUUAGUUGCUUACGGCAUCGAUAAAAAGAUUUUACCGAUGAUAGAAGAGAUUAUAAUAGACAAAGUUAAAGAACCUAUUCAAAAAGCUUUACUUAACAACUCUAAAGUAGCUAAGAUGUUACAAUUAGAUGUUGAAAAUGGCAAUCACAAUUAUGAAAAUAAAAUAAGAGGCAUAGCGCAGAAACUGUUAACCCCUGAAGAAUAUUCUAAACUAAGAACAAUAGCGACGACAAUAGCUACUAGUGUUGCAGAUAACAAAGGUCUAACGUUAACUAGACAAGUAUGUACUGGGUUUAUAGGUGUGUUUGAGUUAGCAACAUUCACUUCUGAUUUCAUUGGUAAACUUCUGAAUAAGAUUAACAGCAUAAACGUUGAAAUAAAAGUAGAUAAGAAUGAUAUUGGACAAAAAAACACCCCGCAGUCAGAGGAAACUACAAAUGAAGUAUAUCAGCAUAAUGAUGAAUUUAAACAUACCGAAAAUGACAUAGACUUAUCAAAAGCUGACCAAGCGGAGGAGCAAAUAAAGCUAGAUAAAAAGCCUCAAUCCACAAACAAUCUAUCAAGUGAGAUAGCUGGAAUGGUAUCGGUAAAUAUUAUACAGAUUUUAAAAGGAAAAAUUGUGAUGCCAGUAGUUCAAAUGGGUGCAAAUUACACAAUUGACAAAUUAUCAUCAAAAGUUGCUAAAUGUUUGGAUGACGAAAUGGAAACUUACAGGGCUUACAAAAAUAUUAUACAUAUCCAAAAUAGAACGUAUUCUAAAAAUAAUCUAGAACCAGUACUUAGCAAUAAUGAAGUAGAAAAAGUUGAUAAGAUAAUAGACGACCUACAUAAAGGAGGUCCAGCAGGACUAAUACACUUAGGUGCAGUCAGUGCUGUUACCGAUCAUCCUAUUGAAGUUUAUGACAAGGAGGGCAGACAUAAAUACACAAUUGGAGACGCCAAGAAAUCCAAACCAAUCCAAAUUCAAUAUCAUGCUCCAGAAGACGGGUCUAACGUUGGACAUUUCACAUUGAAAGGUCAGCGUGAACCUUCCCGUAAAGGUGACUCUGAUAAUAUGUGUUUAUUCAAUGUUAUAGCCGAGCAAACAGGCAAGAAUCCAAACGAUUUGAAAAAAGAAACUCUCAAUGUUAUGAAAAAUAGCAAAGGAGAAAUCGCAAAACAAGUAAAACACAUAAACCGCCUGGUAAUGUAUGAUAGAGCCAGAUUAAUAGAAGGCGGCGCACAAUACAAUGGAAAAUGCCCCGAGCAAGCAAAAAGUUUUCUUAGAAAUUCUUAUGGAGUAAAAGGAUUUAAAAAUAAAAAUAAAGGACAUGCUGAUAUCCAUAUUCCCUUCGAAACUAAAACAAUAGGUAUGCUUAAUAUUAUUUCUGAAGAAUCAGGACAUCAAAUAGAGAUUUAUGACUCAAGUGGUAAACUAUCAUACCUUGUCGGAGAAACGAACGGUAAACCUCCAAUUAAAAUGCAAUACAAUAAGCAUACAAGCAAAAUUACUGGUGGCUUCUUUUCUUUAGGCGGCACCAUCAAGUAUAAUUUGCAUGAUUUUAAUGACAUGACUUUUUAUAAUACUGUUAGCAACCACACCGGCUGCGAUGCCAACACUUUAAAAACGACUACAUCUAGCAGAAUGAAUGCCAAGCCAGUACCUGCUUCUAGGAAUUGCCUUGAAAAUGAGACCCUAAAGAUCCCAAAAUCAGGAUUUGCUUCAGAAGACGACCAAGCAUUCGUGUUUCACUACGCAAUGCAGACUCAGGCGGCUAAGGAUGCUAUGGAUGAGCUUAACAAAUACGGGCCUGGUGCUAAUAACACCACUGGUCAUAGAAGACAAGAGGUCUUGAUAAACGCCAAAGAUUUGAACCUGCCAGGUCCGGCUUAUGGUGGAUCUUGGGAAAAUGGAAAGCUAGUUUUGUCGUGGCCAGUCUCAGACGUCUUGAUGGUUUUGCAACACUACAAUGGGCAGCAAACGAAUCCAAAAUCAAGAGUUCAUAUACAGACGUUCUAUCCGUACGAUCCCAUGACCGCUAGGCCUUCGGUAAAUACAUCGUCUACGUCAAAUAUACCUCCUACGUCAAAUAAUACAUCUACGUCAAAUAUACCGCCUACGUCAAAUAUGCCACCAACACUUAAUCCAGCACCUACGUCUAAUCCACCUUGAAAUUAAUAGAAUUUAUUUUUAAGAUGGCGCUGUUCUAUACCUAUGUCGCAUUAACGUAAAAAGUAACUAUGAAAGUAAAUAUUUUUGAUAAAAUUAUUAUAACACUUUUUUUAUUGCCUUUGUAGGCAGACGAGCAUACGGCCCACCUGAUGGUGAGUGGUUACCGUCGCCCAUGGACUUCAGCAUAAAAAAAUAAUACUCAUGACUUCAUUGUAUAACGUAUAGUUCAGCUUGAAGUAUGAUAGGAUUGAUAAGUUUAGCAUAGUUUUUAUGCAUGUAAUUCCUAGGAUGCAUUUUUAAGUUCUUAUAUAUUAUUACUCAAGCGUUUUUUUAUAUCUACCUACUAUUUUUAGAUUUUAGGAUAACUGUGUAAAAUAAAAUAUUAUUAAAGGAAUAGUAAGUAUUUUUCCUGUGCCAAAAAAUAUUUUUGUUAAACAUGUUUUUUAUUCAUAUUAAUAUCCUUUUCUUAAUUAAAUAUUAUUGCUUAUGUA